GUGCAUUUUUUCCUUGGGAGUGCAGCAUUCCUUCUCCACUGAGCCUUUUCAAUGUAUAAAAUGGAGUAUUCUUACCUCAAUUCCUCUGCCUACGAGUCCUGUAUGGCCGGGAUGGACACAUCGAGCCUGGCGUCAGCCUAUGCGGACUUCAGCUCCUGCAGCCAAGCCGGUGGCUUUCAGUACAAUCCCAUCAGGACGACGUUUGGGGCCACCUCCGGGUGCCCGUCGCUCACACCGGGCUCCUGUAGCCUGGGCACGUUGCGGGACCAUCAGAGCAGUCCGUAUGCCGCAGUUCCCUACAAGCUGUUCACCGACCACGGAGGUUUGAAUGAGAAGCGGAAGCAGAGGCGCAUUCGGACAACUUUCACCAGCGCGCAGCUCAAGGAGCUGGAGCGCGUGUUCGCUGAGACUCACUAUCCAGACAUUUACACACGGGAGGAGCUCGCGCUAAAGAUUGAUCUCACUGAGGCUAGAGUACAGGUAUGGUUCCAAAACAGGCGCGCCAAAUUUCGCAAACAAGAGCGCGCCGCUGCCGCCGCAGCUGCCGCAGCAAAGAACGGAUCGGGGAAAAAAUCAGACUCGCGAGAGGAGGACAGCAAAGAGGCAAAAGCUACCGAUCCAGACAGCACUGGUGGACCCGGGCCUAACCCGAAUCCUACUUCCAACUGUGGUGGACCGAGUCCCACCGGCGGACAGGUCAGCGCCACUGGGAACGUGGCGAUUGAACAGGUGAAGACGUCAGUGGCCGUUAUGGGAGGCACUGCGCCGAGUCAAGGCUGGGCCACAGCCCCGGGCACCAUCACCUCUAUUCCGGACUCUCUGGGCGGACCGUUCGCUAGCGUGCUGUCCUCAUUACAAAGACAGAACGGAGCCAAAGCCACUUUAGUAAAGACCAGCAUGUUCUGAGUUAGUGCUUGAUGCAGAAAAGAAAGCGACGACAGUAAGAUUCAACAAACAAACAAACAAACAAGUGUUUACUCAAGUGACUGAUGAAAAAGAGGAGAAUGCCAAAAGAUGGAGAGAGAGAGACCAGAAUCUCAACUCACUGCUGAAAAAUACUAAAAAAAAACUCUGAUCGACUACUUUCGAUGCCAUUGGUUUACACCACAAGCUGGAUUGAAUUCUAUGACAAAUAUUAUGUUAUCGUUUUGAUCUUAUCCGGACUUUUUUGUUUUGGCUGUGGUCGUCAUUCAUUUCUGAAGAAAUCACUAUUAUUCGAUAGACUGCAAUGAGUGCUCCUAAUGCAAAGAACAUUCACCAAGGACUCAUGACGAUACAAUGUAUGACAUUAUUCAAUGUCAUUAUACCUGUCAUUAUAUCUUGGCGCCAUAAUCAUUUGUUUACAUUGACUCUAAACGCACCAAUAGCGUGAGUUACAUGUCUGUAUUACAGAAUACUGCCAAACGAGGCACCCUGUUAUAUAUAUUUUUACCUAUAAAGUUACCAAGCCUUAGAGCCAGGGGCUCUGCAAACGUUCAUCUACAUAUUUCCUGUUAAUCUAAUGCAAAUUGUUCUUCGAAAUGGCACAAGUACGUACUUCACUGUUGACAGAAAUACGUAAACGUUUUGUGUGUCUUUCUACAGCUGUGUUUCUGUGGCUCAAAUUGUAUAGUGUUAAAACGUAUUGACGUCCUAGAUAAACAUAGACCACAUCCCCCCUUGUAGUUCACUGAGUCUUUAAAAUGUUUUACAAGUUACAACUGGCGCAUUCUUUUGAGGGAAAAGGGAAUGGAUGCAAAACAUUGUAUUUCUUUUCUAUAUUAUUUGCAUGUUGUCUUCUCCGUCGAAUUUUAUAAUGAUUUCACCUAUUUUGUGAUCAUAAUGUAACACGUUUUUUGUCCAGGAUU